AGCCUCUUGGGUCUCAUUCCGCUCCCCUGGAGCCCCUCGAAAGAUGUUCUGUGCACAGUACCCAUCCCACAGUGACUCAUCCAUUGCCACUGGGAGCUCCGAAGGUAGCCUUCAGACAACCCUGGAAGAAGGACUGAGCUUCAGCAUUUCCCCACCGCAGAACCUGCCAAUCCCAACAGCUUCCUUAUCACCCAUGUGCCCUAUCUCACAGCCGGAAGAUAGAAUUACUAUUUCUUCUCCAGUUCAGGCCCUUAAGCCAAGGGCAAAUCCUCAAUCUGCUGUUACCCUUCUUGCCACCAGGGGUCACCAACGAAGCCAGAGCAGUGGACGGGGAAGCACAAGCCCUGGGUACAAUCGUGAUGACUCCAUUGACCCCUCAGAUGAAGACUUGGGCAUAGGCAUUUGCUCAUCUAUUGGUGGUUGUGGCUCUAGCCAAACAGGCAACAUUGAACACUUAUCAGAGGCACUGAGCAGCGUGUCACUGACAUCCCUUUUGCCACCUAGCACCAUCCUAUGCCCUGGAGGGCAAAUGAAGAAGUGCAACAGCACAGGUAGCCUUGACAAAGGGGUCUACUGCUCUCUUCCCGGUGCAGGGAGGGCCGCAGGAAAUUAUGGGCCUGGAGCUAAUGGACCCCCAGGGUUUUUUGGCCAACCCUGGACAGGAGUAUUAGGUGAUAGCAGAGGAGGAGAAGGAACUGGGACCACACUGUAUGCUGUCAAGCUGGAUAUGACAGGAAAUCAACCAACCUGCAACCUAGAUCUAAAAACCAACCUGAUAUCAAGACUACUGUGGAACCAGCUGGACCUAGCCAUUGUCCUCCUGUCAGUAAUGGCAUCACUUUGGAGGAUUGAGUAUCCGCGCUGCCCUGCCCAUCACCCUACUAUCAUCAGAAUCAGGAUGGUUCUGAGGAUAGCACGAGUCCUGAAGCUGCUGAAGAUGGCGACUGGAAUGAGAGCCUUGUUGGAUACAGUUGUUCAAGCCCUGCCUCAGGUGGGUAACCUGGGCCUGCUCUUCAUGCUGCUGUUUUUCAUCUACGCCGCCUUAGGAGUAGAGCUUUUUGGAGAACUUGUUUGCAAUGAAGACUAUCCAUGUGAAGGUAUGAGUCGUCACGCUACUUUUGAAAUUGGCAUGGCCUUCCUUACCUUAUUUCAAGUCUCCACGGGCGACAACUGGAAUGGCAUCAUGAAGGACACAUUGCGGGAGUGCCCACCAGACCAUAACACAGAUGUGGACUAUGCCUGCAAUCCGAGCCUUCAGUUUAUCUCGCCCAUGUAUUUUGUCUCCUUUGUGCUCACCGCCCAGUUUGUGCUCAUCAAUGUGGUGGUGGCCGUGCUGAUGAAGCACCUGGACGACUCCAACAAGGAGGCCCAAGAGGAGGCGGAGAUGGAUGCAGAAAUUGAGCUGGAGCUGGCCCAGGGCACCCUCUGUUGCAUGGGCGCCCCCAUUUGUGGGGGUGGUGGGAUUGACAAAGGACUCUUGGCCGCUGGAUCAGGCCUUGGAGGGGGGCCAGGGAGAAGAGAGAGGGGAAGUCCCAGGGGAGAGACAGGAGAAGGAGUGAGGAACCUGCGACAGGCUGUAACACACCAGGGACCUUAUAACUCCUGCGACUCCCCCCAGUCAUAUUCGCCGGCACAAGAGAGCCAGUGGUUGGACAGCGUUUCUCUCCUAAUCAAGGAUACAAUAGAAGGGGAGAUGCUGAUGAUCGACAACCUCUCCGGCUCCGUCUUCCACCAUUACUCCUCUCCGCCUGUCUGCAAAGACUGCAAGGGCCACCUGCAAGAGCAGAUCAGAAUGGCAGAGAUUGAGCAGGCAUCAUUGAAGUCGGUGCAACUCUCGGAUAAGUCCUCGUCUCCUGCUCUCCCUGAUGAAUUGAGCCCGGACGAACAUACCAGCUACCUGUUGCUGAUGCAAGAAGGGAAGGGAAGGUGCAGCAGUGGCUCACACUCUGAGGAGGCAGGUGAUGGAGGAGUAGGCCUCCAAGGAGGUCAACAGACUGAGGAACAAGGUCAGGUGCAGGGGGCGUCCCUGCAAUGCAGGGUUUCCAGCACAGACACAGAGACAGAUACCGUGCUGCAAGAGAUGGAAAUGCAAACAUACCAAACAAAGAUGUGCUCACCUCUCUGCUCCCCUGGUGGGAUUUCCAGCGUCAGCAGCAAGGAAAGAGGCAAAAGAGAUGAGGAAAAGGGAGCCAGUGGAAUUUCUUCCCUCUUCAAUCUGCCUGCUGAGUUUUUUCACUCAGCAGGAGCAACCAUUCCGGUACCUUUCCGCAGUAGGAGCCUGCGUUUGUCAAGAGGCCUCAGGCUGACCUCCCCAGCCUCUUGGGUCUCAUUCCGCUCCCCUGGAGCCCCUCGAAAGAUGUUCUGUGCGCAGUACCCAUCCCACAGUGACUCAUCCAUUGCCACUGGGAGCUCCGAAGGUAGCCUUCAGACAACCCUGGAAGAAGGACUGAGCUUCAGCAUUUCCCCACCGCAGAACCUGCCAAUCCCAACAGCUUCCUUAUCACCCAUGUGCCCUAUCUCACAGCCGGAAGAUAGAAUUACUAUUUCUUCUCCAGUUCAGGCCCUUAAGCCAAGGGCAAAUCCUCAAUCUGCUGUUACCCUUCUUGCCACCAGGGGUCACCAACGAAGCCAGAGCAGUGGACGGGGAAGCACAAGCCCUGGGUACAAUCGUGAUGACUCCAUUGACCCCUCAGAUGAAGACUUGGGCAUAGGCAUUUGCUCAUCUAUUGGUGGUUGUGGCUCUAGCCAAACAGGCAACAUUGAACACUUAUCAGAGGCACUGAGCAGCGUGUCACUGACAUCCCUUUUGCCACCUAGCACCAUCCUAUGCCCUGGAGGGCAAAUGAAGAAGUGCAACAGCACAGGCAGCCUUGACAAAGGGGGUCUACUGCUCUCUUCCCGGUGCAGGGAGGGCCGCAGGGAAAUUAUGGGCCUGGAGCUAAUGGACCCCCAGGGUUUUUUGGCCAACCCCUGGACAGGAGUAUUAGGUGAUAGCAGAGGAGGAGAAGGAACUGGGGUAAUAGAAGAUACAGAGCACAGUUUGAAAGCAUAGAGCUCAAGCCAAAUGACAGUAGGGUCUUGUCGAAAAAACAGAUGAAUCCUACUGUUUAGUCUUUUUUUGUCUUUCCAUUACUUGGAACUAAACCCACUGCUGUUCCUCUUAUUCUCUCUGCUUCACCAGUGAGACAGAGGUCUGAUGAAACAUGAUGCCCUGCAUUUCAACACCAAACCCUCAUCUUGCCCUCUCAACCUCUUUAUAUACAUUUUUGACAAGUCCUGUGUGUGCUAUUUAGGGGAGUGGUCUUGGUUAUGGUUAAUGGUGCCAAAUUGGCUUAUAGAGUCAAUGCCCAGGGGCACAGGAGUAGCCUCUCUACUGUCUUAGGAGAUGUCGUCCUACAGGAUCCGAAGGAACAUUGUGUUCACACUGAAAAACAACUAAGUUUGUUUAUGACAGGAAGUCAAUUGAGGUAGAGGCUAAGGAGCUAAAACUAAAAAAUCCAACAGCAAUGGAAUUACUCUGAAGCAGUUUCCUCCUCUCUCUAACGUGUAAAGUUUUUGGGGGUUGAUAAUAAGGGAAAAUGGAAAGAAACCCAACUAUCCAUUUCUAGACAGAGACUUGUGUCUCUAAGACAGGGCUAAAUUUGAGGGUGUGUAGGACCUACGUAUUGGGUUAGAAUAUAUCAAGAUGGAAAGAAGACUAGAAAAGGAGUGAGCAGAUGCAAUAUCCAUCUUUCCUGGCAAACCUUCUGCUUAGAUCUGAGUUAAAUGUAGUUUGCUCCCAGUCUUUGUUUGAGCAUCUGAGCACUGCCUCAGGUAUCCAAGGCAUGAAUUAAAUCAUUCUCAUCACUGGCUGUACCACAUCUCAGUGUAUUUGAAACUUGAAUAUAGGUACUGACAUUGCGUGUCUGUCAACCUGGUCGUCAUUGGAGGAAAAUGGAAAUAAACUGAGGAACGGAGGAGGCAUAACUGCAAGGAGUGAUUUGUGAAAUUGGUUAUUUUUCAUUUUAUCUCCAGCAUCUCUCACUCAAAAAGAUGGAAAAUAAGUGUGAAAGAGAGGUGGAGUGAAAGGAACUCAAAAUCCUGACAGCAAGCACAUAAGUGUGUGCAUGGAACAACCUUUUGUGCACUGAAAUGCAGCUCAAAGUGCACUUCUUUUGACUGCACUCUUUCUCACCCUCUUCAAGGAUUCUAAAUGAAAGGAAACUGUUGCAAAGAACCUCGACUGCAUGAUGGGAUUGCAUUUAACCAUGAUUUUUUUUUAUCUAUAUACAGAUGUGAAUUAAGAUUUCAAUGUUGGGUGAUAACCGUAUGAUUUCUAUUCCACUAUUUUUGUAGACAAGAGAAUAGGCACGUUUGCAUAUUGCCAUUAGUUUGUCCUUAUUGAAUCCCUGCAGUGUCUUUGACUUGUCUAAGUCUGCCAGUGGCUUCCAAUUUUGUAACAUGUUUUUUAAGUGAGGAGAGUGCGUAAAACAACAAAGCAAAAAAUUUCAAAGAAACUUUUGCGCUGAAGUGAUUGUUCCUUGCACAUUUCUCUAUGGGAAUCCUUGCUCCUCGAGGACUUCUGGGAGGUUUUGUGUUUAGUUUCCCAUGAGUCGAAGUGCGUGGACAACCAGAAAUGGGAACAGCCAUAUUCACUCAACAUUUGUGGGUGGUCUAGCUCACAAACAUAGCUGCAACAUUCUUUGCCCGUAGCCUCAUGACUGAAAAUCUCUAACAGCAUAAACCAUCACUAUGAAAGCUUUAAUUUUAGAGUUACAUCACAACAUAUCGGUUAUGUGCACCCUAGUGCACCUUAAGCAUGGUUCUGGGAUUGCAAUACAGUAUGCUAAUUUAUGACAUGAUAUUUUGAUGCACUCAUCUUCUCCAUCUCAUUGUAGCAACCCUUUCCAAUUUUAUCAUUUAAUUUUAAACUAAUGUGCAAAGCUUUUCCACUUUUAACAAAAAUGUAUUUUGGUUACUGCCAUUUAAAUAAUUACUCCAUCCAAACAGGAGAUCCUGAAGCCUGAUUUCUAGAGGUAGACUGUUUAAAAAAAAACAUAAAAACUAACAUUUUAAAUUUUUCCAAGAAUGAACAAAACAUGAAGGUGAUGUGAGAAAAUAAGAGGGUACGACCUCAUUUAUCAUGCAAAAUCACUAUGAUGACUAUGUUUUAUCAUAAGGAGUUCGAUUCCGAUGGGUGAGACGGAUAUACAGGAGUUGGACAAUGAAACUGAAACACCUGUCAUUUUAGUGUGGGAGGUUUCAUGGCUAAAUUGGACCAGCCUGGUAGCCAGUCUUCAUUGAUUGCACAUUGCACCAGUGAGAGCAGAGU